GAUGAAAUAAAGGUUCAGCCCAACCAGUGGAGGGAAUCUGUUGAAGGAAAUGGAAGACUUUUUGAAGACCAGAGACAGUUGGAAGAAAGCUUCACGAUUCAUUUAGGAGCACAACUGAAAACCAUGCACAACCUGAGGUUGUUGCGGGCAGAUAUGCUGGACUUCUGCAAGCACAAGCGGAGUCAUCGGAGCGGUGUCAAGCUGCACCGGCUUCAAACAGCACUGUCGCUUUACUCCACUUCUCUUUGUGGCUUGGUUCUCUUAGUGGAUAAUCGCAUCAGUUCAUACAGUGGAAUUAAAAGAGAUUUUGCAACUGUUUGCCAGGAAUGUACGGACUUUCAUUUCCCAGAAAUUCAGGAGCAGCUUGAAGUCGUCCAGCAAGUUGUCCUGUAUGCCCGAGCACAGCGCAGCAGCAAAUCCAAGAGACUGCAUGAGACAGCAAAUAGAAACAGCGGUGGUGAUGAUAAAUCUAAGAACUUGGAACAAAACCAGUCAAACAUUUUGCCUGGGGAGUUUUACAUCACUCGCCACUCGAACCUUUCUGAAAUCCAUGUUGCUUUUCACCUCUGUGUGGAUGAUAACGUGAGGUCGGGGAACAUCACUGCCCGGGAUCCCGCAAUAAUGGGCCUUCGAAACAUCCUCAAAGUGUGUUGCACUCACGACAUUACCACUGUUAGCAUUCCUCUUCUGCUGGUGCACGAUAUGUCUGAGGUACUCUGUCGAUUGCCAAUUAUCUUGUUUCUCAUUUCUGCUCUUAAAAUGCUGAUAAUUUCCAGGCCCGUCAGUCUAGAUCACGGGUUUUCAAACUGGGAGUUCCUGCCAUUCUUUAGAGUUCCUCAGGAAGACGAUCAGUAACAGCAGACCAGCAUGCCUUUGAGCCUUGUAAAACGCUGCCUAGUGGGGGAAUGUUGGGGGUUUGUUCUAAGGCUCGUUUUCUCUGUUCAUGCACAAACUGAGGAGGCCCAACAGAACUCUGCAUGAAUAACAGUAUGCCCCUGGAACAUGGCCACAGGAUGCUGCAUUGGGGCUCAGCAGAUGAGCUUAUGUGUUCUUCAAAGGCUGAUAAUUUGAAAAUCAGCCAUAUCUAAUAAUAAGCUGGACGGAAUAAGAAUAAAACCAGGCCUCCCCCCCCCCCACACACACAC